AUGCCAGCCGCAGCGAGCAACAAACGCGUCAAAAACACGCGCAUCUCGCGCCCUUUCAUAAUCGGCUCUCAAGCCUGGAACCUCGACCCAGCAACCCAAACAACCCCCAUCCCCGAAGGCCACACAAAAGGCUGGCGCGUCUACGUAAAAGCCCUCGACAACGGGCCCGACCUGUCCACCUGGCUCAAAAAAGUCCAAUUCAAACUGCACAUGACCUACGCCGACCCCUCGCGCACCGUCGAAGCCCCUCCCUUCCAAAUCCAAGAAACCGGUUAUGGCGAGUUUGACAUCGAGAUGCGGUUAUAUUUCGACUCGAGCUCUGGCGAAAAAGCGCAAUACAGAAGUCAUAGGCUGCGGCUAGAGCCUUAUGGCAGUGAAGAGCAGCAAAAGGCGCAGAAAGACGCGAAUAUGGUUACGAGCGAGACGUGUGAGAUUGUAGAGUUUAAUGAGCCGAGUCACGAUUUCUUCGCCAAAAUGACGGCUGAGGAUCAGUUUGCGCAUUUGCAAAAGAAGGGGGGUGGUGCUAAGGGUGGCAGAGGUGCCAAGGGAAGAGGUGCAAGGAUUGAAUAUGAGGGUGGCAGAGAGCCUACUGCAAACUUGCCGGAUAGAGGUUCGGAAGCUCUGCCUUGGAGUAGAGAGCUGGAGAAGAAGAUGCUGGAUAUGCUAGCCACGGCGCAAAAGGAUAUGGAUGUCGAGAUUGAGAGGGAGAAAAAGAGGGCUGAAGACAGGCAGAAGAGGCUGCAAGAGAUUGCCUGA